CUAUAGUUUUUCAUUCUGCUGCAACUGUUAAAUUCAACGAGAAUAUAAAAUCAGCGACAGUUACUAACGUAUGUGGUUUGAAAUACAUGAUGAGCCUCUCAAAGGAAUUGCCAAAAUUACAAAGUUUCGUUCAUGUAUCCACGGUUUAUUCCCAAUGUAUCCACAAUCCAAUCGAAGAGAAAUUUUAUGAUCCGCCAAUGGAUGACGACAAGUUGAUAAAUUUAGUCGACAGUAUGAAUGAAAAGUUACUGGAUGACAUUACGCCAAAACUAAUUGAACCAUGGCCGAAUACUUACGUUUACACUAAAUCAGUCGCUGAAAAUAUAGUUAAAACGCAAAGUGGUUUAUUACCGAUAGGAAUAUUUCGUCCAGGAAUUGUAAUAUCCACGUAUCGAGAACCAAUUAGAGGAUGGGUUGAUAAUUUACACGGUCCAAUGGGAAUUUACGCUGCUGCUGGAAAAGGUUUAAUCAGAUCUCAUAAUUGUGAUGGAUCCGUAAAAGUAUGUUUAGUACCAGUAGAUUUGACAACAAAUGCGUUAAUUGUUAGCGCCUGGGACAUCGCAAACAAUCGGAGAUCCAAAGAUGACAUUCCUAUUUACAAUUAUGUCUGUUAUGAAAAUCCUAUAACUUACAAAGAAAUGACAGAAAUGACAUUUAAGUACGGGCACUUAACACCGACUAAAGAUGCAAUCUGGUACUGCAACUUUGGCCCUACAAAAUAUCGACUACUCCAUCUUUUCUACGUAUAUCUUUUUCAUUUAUUACCAGCUUUCAUAAUGGAUAUUGGAAUGUUAUGCUUUGCUAAAAAGCCAAGGUUCCAAAAAAUGUAUAAUAGAUUACACAAAAUGUUAAACUUGUGUAGCUAUUUUUCUCUAAUCGAAUGGAAGCCUACGAAUGAGAGAUGGAUCGAAGCAUUAAAAAAAUUAAACUCCGAAGAUAGAGAAUUGUUCUACUGCGACAUGAAAGACGUUGUAUGGGACACUUACUUUAAAACUUAUUUCUUAGGUAUAAGAAUAUACCUCUUGAAAGAUCCCAUUUAUACUCUCCCACAAGCUCGGAAAAAGUGGGAAAGACUUUACUGGAUUCAUCAAACAUUUAAACUUGUUAUUGCCUGUAUUUUUCUCACGAUCACAUGGACUAUGAUUUUAAAACUAUUCAUCACGUGCAAAUCUGCUUAAAAAAAAAAACAAGUUGACCUCAGGCAAUUUGGGCACGAAAUAAGAAGCGACAUUGAAUAUUUAUA